GGAGCCACGCCGCGGAGUCGCCGCAGGUAAACAGCCCCCUCCCCGCCGCGGGAGCGGGGCCGCCGGCCCCAGGCAGGGACAGCAGCAGCCGCCGGCGCUCUGGGCCGGGAUCCCGCCGCCGCCCCCGCCGGAGGCACGCGCCAGGGCGGGGGCCGGGCUGCGGCGGAGGCGGGCGGCUCCGGUGCCCCCCACCCCCGCGCCGGCCUGGGCCGCCCGACCCCUGCCUCCGGGGGCGGCGGCGGAGCGACCCCCAAGCCCCGACGCGGGCUCCGCGCCCGGCCAGUCCCGCUCCCGCCCCGCGCCCCCAGCUACUUCCAUCCCCCGGCGCCCCCCGCUCGGUCCCGGCGUCCCCUGCUACCCUCUCCCGCGCCCUCCGUCCCCGUGCCGCACCCCGGGCUCCCCGCACCCGGCCCCGAUCCCCGCCCCCGCGCCGUGCGCGUCCCCUCCCGCCCGCGCCCCCCGCGCCGGGCCCCGCCCCGCGCCCCCCGCCCCACCCGCGCCCCCCGCCGGGCCGCGCCCCCCGCCCCCCAUGCACCACCUCCUGGAGCAGUCGGCGGACAUGGCGACCGCACUGCUGGCGGGAGAGAAGCUGCGGGAGCUGAUCCUGCCGGGCGCGCAGGACGACAAGGCGGGCGCGUUGGCCGCGCUGCUGCUGCAGCUGAAGCUGGAGUUGCCGUUCGACCGCGUGGUCACCAUCGGCACGGUGCUGGUGCCCAUCCUGCUGGUCACCCUGGUCUUCACCAAGAACUUCGCAGGGUGGACGCUCUUCUCUGGCUCCUGGGAUUGGCUGUGAGGACAAAACAUAAAGGAACCCAUUUACUGUUACACCCCGCACAACUUCACGCGCGACCAGGCGCUGUACGCCCGCGGCUACUGCUGGACGGAGCUGCGGGACGCGCUGCCCGGCGUGGACGCCAGCCUGUGGCCGUCGCUGUUCGAGCACAAGUUCCUGCCCUACGCGCUGCUGGCCUUCGCCGCCAUCAUGUACGUGCCCGCGCUGGGCUGGGAGUUCCUGGCCUCCACGCGCCUCACCUCGGAGCUCAACUUCCUGCUGCAGGAAAUUGACAACUGCUAUCACCGGGCGGCCGAGGGCCGCGCGCCCAAGAUCGAGAAGCAGAUCCAGUCCAAGGGGCCGGGCAUCACGGAGCGCGAGAAGCGCGAGAUCAUCGAGAACGCGGAGAAGGAGAAGAGCCCGGAGCAGAACCUGUUCGAGAAGUAUCUGGAGCGCCGCGGCCGCAGCAACUUCCUGGCCAAGCUGUACCUGGCGCGCCACGUGCUGAUCCUGCUGCUGAGCGCCGUGCCCAUCUCCUACCUGUGCACCUACUACGCCACGCAGAAGCAGAACGAGUUCACCUGCGCGCUGGGCGCAGCCCCGGACGGGCCGGCGGGCGCGGGGUCCGCGGUGCGCGUGAGCUGCAAGCUCCCGUCCGUGCAGCUGCAGCGCAUCAUCGCGGGCGUGGACAUCGUGCUGCUGUGCGUCAUGAACCUCAUCAUCCUCGUCAACCUCAUCCACCUCUUCAUCUUCCGCAAGAGCAACUUCAUCUUCGACAAGCUGCACAAGGUGGGCAUCAAGACGCGCCGGCAGUGGCGCCGCUCGCAGUUCUGCGACAUCAACAUCCUGGCCAUGUUCUGCAACGAGAAUCGCGACCACAUCAAGUCGCUCAACCGGCUGGACUUCAUCACCAACGAGAGCGACCUCAUGUACGACAACGUGGUCCGGCAGCUGCUGGCGGCGCUGGCGCAGUCCAACCACGACGCCACGCCCACGGUGCGCGACUCGGGCGUGCAGACCGUGGACCCCAGCGCCAACCCCGCCGAGCCCGACGGCGCCGCGGAGCCGCCCGUGGUCAAGAGGCCGCGCAAGAAGAUGAAGUGGAUACCCACCAGCAACCCGCUGCCGCAGCCCUUCAAGGAGCCGCUGGCCAUCAUGCGCGUGGAGAACAGCAAGGCGGAGAAGCCCAAGCCCGCGCGCAGGAAGACGGCCACGGACACGCUGAUCGCGCCGCUGCUGGAUGCGGGCGCGCGUGCCGCCCACCACUACAAAGGCGGAGGUGGCGACCCGGGCCCCGCCCCCGCCCCACCGCCCGCCCCCGACAAGAAGCAUGCGCGCCACUUCUCCUUGGACGUGCACCCCUACAUCCUGGGCACCAAGAAGGCCAAGCCCGAGGCGGUACCCGCUGCCCUGCCCGCCUCCCGGAGCCAGGAGGGAGGCUUCCUGUCCCAGGCUGAUGACUGUGGGCUGGGCCUGGUGCCCGCCAAAGAUGCUCCACUCCCCGAGAAGGAAAUCUCGUUCCCCUCAGAGCCAGCCCGGGCAGGGCUUCCCUCGGGGGCCCCGUUCCACGUCCGCUCACCUCCCGCCGCCCCUGCUGUGGCCCCUCUGUCACCAGCCAGCCUGGGCAAAGCAGAGCCCCUGACCAUCCUGAGCCGAAACGCCACGCACCCGCUGCUGCACAUCAACACGCUGUACGAGGCCCGCGAGGAGGAUGAAGGGGGUCCCCGCCUGCCGCAGGACGUGGGCGAACUCAUCGCCAUCCCAGCCCCGCAGCAGAUCCUCAUCGCCACCUUCGAUGAGCCGAGAACAGUCGUGAGUACUGUGGAGUUUUGAGGGAUGCCACCGCCCAGGCCUGGAGCACCCCUCUGCGUGAGUGUGGUGUGGCCGGGCUGACCUCCAGGGAUGCCUGCCCUGCGUGGACGUGGCCUCUGCUUCGCCUGCACUGCCCGCACCCCCAGCCUCUGUCCGCAUGCCUGGGGCCCUCACCCCCACCCAGUCGAUAGGGGAACCCACCCCACGGCAUCACCAGGCACUGGCUGGGCAGGGAAAGGUGGAGCCAGUGGCCAGGAAGGCUGAAGUCGGCCUCCCACACCCCUGCAUCAGGUGCCCAGCCAUGGGCGGGGGGCCAGGAGGCGAAGAGUUUAUUUUUUUAGUUGGUUUCGUUCUGGCCCCGGGCUGGGGCCAGACAGCCCAGCACCCCCAGCCCAGAGCCAGGGAAGAGGAAGCUGGGGCCAGUUUGCCCGGGUGGGCAGUCAUGCCCAUGGGGUCACAUGCUCAGGGGUCACCCCUGCAGGGACCUGAUGCCCUUGGUGGGAGGGACCGAGGUCCACCCUCGGGUCAAAGAUCCACCUGCACUUUCUCCUUGUAGCCUGACAUACAUUUUAUUUUCCUAAGACUGCUGUAUUUAUCACCAGGAGACUUAGGAUGUGUUUAAAGCAGGAUGGUGUGUGUGUGCACAGAGGGUGUGGUGCACAGGUGUGUGCAUUUGUGCACGUGUGCGUGUGCAGAGGGUGUGGUGCACAGGUGUGUGUGUACACGUGUGUGGACAUGUGUGUGUGCAGAGGGUGUGGUGCACAGGGGUGUGUGUACACGUGUGUGCAUGUGCAGAUUGUGUGAUGCACAGGUGUGUGCAUGUGUGCAUGUGCACAGAGGGUGUGGUGCACAGGUGUGUGCGUGUGUGUGCACGUGUGUUUGUGUGCACAGAAGGUGUGGUGCACAGGUGUGUGCAGGGGCCAGCUUGGGAGUGUGUGAGCAGGCGGUGAGUGCGUGGGUGCACGCUGGCACGUGGUUCAUGUAUGAGGAGGGAGGGGCCCAACGCAAUAACCACAUCCCCCACCCAGCCCCUGCCACAGCCAAAGCCACAUGGCUUCCCGUGGGAGCCCUGGCCAGCACCCGGAGGGUCCCACCCCGAAUACCUCAGCCAUGGAGGCCAUGUGACGCAGAAUUAACUAGGUAGCACCGAGCAUAUCAAUAAAUAUUAUUCUGAUAA